GUCUGCUCUUAUGGGCAGCCUGACAUUUCUAUAUCCAAGAUGGAUACUCAGCAGCAAUCUCCAAACCCAAAUCGUCCAAGCAACUCUGCGCCGGAUCAGCAGGCCAUGUUCCCCGCAGGUUAUUCACAGGAACAAGAAGUUUCACAACCACGCCCCGACGGCGAUGCAAAGCGAAAGAAGGAACCGAAUAGCGGCGGAGGAGGCCGAGGAGGUCGCAAAAAUAAGAGAAAAGAUUUGGGAAGGAAAGCUUGGAGCCGCCAAAUUCCAGAUAAAAGAGCGAGGGCCGAAGCUUCUCAGGAAUCGAAGCGACGUAAAUUAGAAAAUGGAGAGAAGGCGCUGCCUAUCUAUGCUACGGAGUUUUCCAAAGAGGAUAUUGAAGCAGACCAGCGACGCCCAAAAAAGAAAGUCGCUGUCAUGCUUGGGUAUUCAGGUAGUGGAUAUAAGGGAAUGCAAUUGAGCGAGACUGAGAAGACAAUUGAAGGUGAUUUAUUCACUGCUUUCGUCGCCGCUGGGGCAAUAUCAAAAGCAAAUGCCACUGACCCUAAGAAGUCGUCCCUUGUUCGAUGCGCACGCACAGAUAAGGGCGUGCAUGCCGCCGGCAAUGUUGUCUCACUGAAACUUAUUGUAGAGGAUCCCAAUGUAGUGCAAAAAAUAAACGGACAUCUCAGUCCGCAAAUUAGGGUAUGGGGCAUCGAAAUAACUAAUAAAAGUUUCAGCAGCUAUCAUUUAUGCGAUUCGCGCAUUUAUGAAUAUUUAAUACCUUCCCACUGCUUCCUACCGCCACAUCCUAGCACUCACUUAGGUCAACAACUAGUCGAAAUUGCUGAACAAGAGAAUGAUCUUGAAGGUUAUCAGCAAAGGCAAGCAGAGGUUGCCCACUAUUGGGAGGAAGUUGAUGAGAAAUAUAUCAAACCCAUACUGGAACGACUACCUGAAGUAACGCGGAAUCGCGUGAAACAAGCGCUGAUUAUUAAAUCUGGUACUGACCCAGCGGACAACUCUACUUCCCAAGGUGAACAAGAUCAACUAGAUCCGUCCGAUGAACAAGAUGGUGAAGUCACCAGCAAAGAGGCAUCAGCCUCAACAAAUGAAAAUAAGGACUUGAGCUCUGGAGACGAGCAGACAGUGCAUACAACCAACGAAGCUAUCCGCAUAAUUCGAGCAGCCUACCUAGGUGCAAAAAAAGCAUAUCGAAUACCAAGAGAGCGGAUGGACCGCAUCAACGAUGCUCUUGGUAUGUACGUCGGGACAAGGAACUUCCACAACUACACCAUCCAAAAGUCUUUUCGCGACGCAUCGGCCAAACGACACAUCAAAUCCUUCAAAAUCUCGCGAGAGCCAUUGAUCAUCAACGGCACGGAAUGGCUUAGUCUUAAGGUACACGGCCAAAGUUUCAUGAUGCAUCAGAUCCGGAAGAUGGUUGCCAUGGCUGCCCUGAUAGUACGUUGUGGCUGUGAUAUCAAGCUGGUCCCCGAGACGUACGGGGACCAAAAGAUUGCCAUCCCCAAAGCACCUGGACUAGGUUUGCUCCUCGAACGUCCAAUAUUUGACUCAUAUAACAAAAGAACUGUAGUUGAGUAUGGCAAGAAUCCGAUAGACUUCUCCAAGCAUGAGAAGGAGAUUGAAGAGUUCAAACAGCGGGAGAUUUAUGAAAGAAUAUUCCGUGAAGAGGAGGAGUCGAAUUCCUUCGGAAAUUUCUUCAACCACAUCGACACCUUCCAAGACAACGCCUUCCUCUUCGUAACUUCAAGAGGAAUACCUGCAUCAAAGCCAAGCGGAGGUUCUGCAAAAGCACCCAUGAGCGGAAAGGCGGCAUUGAAAGAAGUCGAAUCUGAAUCCGACGAUGAUCUCGUCAACGGUGGAGAGGAGGGUGGGUGAUUGCACGUAUGUGCGUAUUUGUGUGUGGAAACAUGCCCCCUGGUGUCGAUGGUUGAUGUCAUUGCCUCAACACGUAUGUAACUAUGCACAGGGUGGGGAAAACUCUCGAAAACGAUUCUAUACCAUGAGAAUAAGGAAAUAUGUACUAUCUCCCUAGUGCAAAAUUUAAACCCCCAUGCUCC